AUGUCUCAAAAUUUUCAAAACACGAAUCAGGUUAAUCAAAAUGUGAUCAAUGUACGAGAUCGUUUGUUUCAUACACUGUUUGUUAGAUUUGCUAUUAUAUAUGCUAGAAAUGUUCCAUUAAAUUAUCGAAGAUUACUAGAAUUUCUUGUCUUAAUCAAGGCAAUAGUUGCUUUAUCUGUACUUUCGUAUAUCCACAUAAAAUUCGUAAAAUCACAUGUUGGCUGUUUAGAUCAUGUUAUAGAUAAAUGGCCUAGAGAUGGAAUCUUAAGAGUUGAAAUUAUUAAAAAUGCCCCUGAUAAUUAUAACAUAAAUGAUUCAUAUAGAAGAGAAAGAGAGAUAUUGCAUAUGAUAUAUAAAAAUGGAUCUCAAUAUGAUGAUGAUGAAAAACCUAUCAUGAAUUAUAGGAUUAUUGAAGCAGAAAACAGUACUAUUAAAAAUGAUAACCUUCCAAAUAUAGAGAAAGGAAAGUUAGAUGUGUGGCCACCUUUAGAUCAACCAUUAUCAACUUUAUUAUUAUUUUUAAAAACAAUUUGGCCAAGUGAUGAAUAUAUAGUGGAAUACUCUUUAGAAUAUGGAUUUUUAAGAUUAUCACCUGCAACCAGAAAUAGAUUAAAUAUAUCUGUUAUGGUAGUAACUUUAGAUCCAGACAAACAUUCAUGCUUUGGCAAUAAAUUCACUCGUUUUUUGCUUGAACAUUUUCAUGGAUAUGAUGGUGUUCUUAUGGGUAGCAUCAAGCAUAUAGCAGAAAUUGAGGAAAAUAAAGGUUAUCUCUGCAAUGUAAUAUCUGGGCAGCAUUACCGAUAUGUUAAAAUGUUUACAGCUCGCACUGCUUACAUUGUCGCAUUCUUCAUCAUGCUCAUAUUUACAAUAAUCAUAUCAAUGAUAUUGAGGUAUUCCCAUCAACAACUCUUCCUUUUUAUCAUUGAAGUUUUUCAAAUGCUAGAAAAUAACGUUAACUUCAGUUUUCCCAUGGCCUCGUUGCUAACCGGUGUAUUAGCCAUAGUCGGGCUGGAGUCAGUGAUGGGCGAGUUUUUCAACGACACCACCACAACCUUUUAUAUUAUAUUAGUCGUAUGGCUGGCCGACCAAUACGAUUCUAUUUGUUGUGUGACUUAUCUCUCUAAAAAACAUUGGCUCAAAUUUUUCUACCUUUACCAUUACAUCUUUUACGCUUACCACUAUCGUUUCAAUGGACAAUACAAUAUACUGGCUUUCGUUACUUCUUGGCUUUUUAUACAACAUUCGAUGAUAUACUUCUUUCAUCAUUACGAGCUGCCUAACAUCCUUCGAUACCAUUUCGGACCAUACCGUAACAACGAGCCCAUUACAAACAACGAUAAUCUGAAUGACGUAAACGACAAUAACCCCGAUUCCGACCCGAAUUCGUCUAAUAAUAAUGAAGAAGGGAAUGGGGGCGUUGUGAGGAAUCGAUUCAGUAAUCUAAAUUUGGAGUUAAAUCCAACCAAUCUACCCGAAUUCAAUAUGUUGGGACAAUUUGUGACUCCCAGAAUUGAGACCAACUCUUCUCAAGAAAAUUUAAAUGGAGAUUCAAGGGUGUCCGGCGGAGAUGCCAUAGUAAGUCCUAAUACAGAUGGAAGUAUCUUUAAUACCGAAAACAUCUCUUGUUCGCCUUCUACAGCAUGCCUUUCUUUCGUAUCUACAAACACAUUCGGUUCUCAUAAUUGGAUUCCUGGCAUAUAUACACACUCCUUCAGUUCUCAUAAUUGGAUUCCUAGCAUAUUGUUGCCUAGAAAGCGACGGACUAAUAUUUGAUAAAAAUUUGAUAAAAAAAAUAAAAGAUUGCGCCAUCACCAUCGUUAUAAAAUGAACUUAUCAAGCUUCGUAUGUGAUAGUUACUUGCCCAAUUUUAUCACAUCUUCGUUGAAUAUUAAAUAAUUUUAAAUUUAAGAUCUCUUGGAUUUUGAAUAAUAUCGCUUUUAACGCUGUGAUUGAGAAAAUACUAAUAUUACAAAAUAUCAAUAGCAAAAAAUUGUAAGGGGUGUUU